AUGCGUUCAAGGUUAGACCCUAGCUUUUCAGAAUUCUUGCUACGGAUUGGAGAUGGGACUGAGCCAUUUGCCGUGGAUGACAUGGUGAAGCUUCCGGAUGAUAUUGUAAUGAAGUGGGAAGGUGAGCAAUCCGUUGAGAGAUUAAUUGACGAGGUUUUUCCAGAGCUUGAAAAGAAUGCAAGUGAUAAAAGCUACACGAGUCAGAGGUCAUUGAUAACUCCCAAGAAUGAUAUCGUCGAAAAGCUUAAUCAAAAAGUUACUAGCAUCUUUCCUGAAGAUGAGGUAGUUUACCAUUCCUUUGACAUGGCUAAAGAUGACCUCUACAUGGCUAAAGAUGACCCAAACAAUUUUUAUGGUCUUUGCAACGGCACGAGGUUACCAUGUAGAGGUCUCUAUAGAAACUUUAUUAAUGCAGAGAUUGUUACUGGUAGUUGUUCGGGGCUUAGAGUCUUGAUUCCACGGAUACCCAUGGAACCUCCUAAAGAGGUGGUACUCCCAUUCAAGUUCGUCCGCAAACAAUUUCCAGUUCGUGCAGGUUUUGCCCUCACAAUAAACAACGCACAAGGACAGACAAUACCACAUGUUGGUAUUUAUCUACCAGAACCGGUUUUUAGUCACGAACAAUUAUAUGUUGCUUUGUCUAGGGGAGUUUCAAUAAUUACAACGAAAGUCUUAGUUAAGAAUGGAGUUCUUCUGGAUGUCUCUGGAACAUGUACUAAAAAUGUUGUAUUUCAAGAUGUUCUCAGGUCAUCUGCUAUUGCUGAGUGA